AUGAAAUUAGAACCAUUUUAUUUGGCGAAUGUGGUGCUUUACAUCAACGACAAAAUGCUAUUUAAAACACUCCGUACCGUUUCUAAAAGUAUAACUAUAGCAAUUGACAUGUUACGAACAAACCCUAUUUAUAUUACCAGAAACCCUAAAUACGUUUGCUCUGUUUUUCCAAAAAUCAACACUUUUCGGUCGACGCCUUCAUUUUCGUACGAUCUUUUAAAAGCGUUUCGAACUAAAAUUUCAUUUUUGGAUUUUUCACAAGAAAUUUUCAGUGUUGACAAUAAAGUUUUUUUAGAUGAAGAAUUUUGCAAUAAAGUUGUCUCUCUUCGUAUUUUCCAAACGGAUUUAACUAAAAUUGGCCGUUUCAAAAAAUUGAAAAAAUUGUAUGUAGAAAACUGCGCAAAUUUCGACGAUUUUAAGAUGUUAGAAAAUAUCGAAGAUCUCCGCGUGAUCACUUUCUAUAUGAAAAAUUCAAAAUUGAAAAAACAGAAGAGCGCCAUUUAUAAAAAGUUUUCGAAGUCGGAAAUAUUUAAAAAUCAAGGGAAAUUUAGAAGAACAAAAAUUUGGUUUGUCAUCGACGAAAAGGCCGACAACCCACAAGAAGAUCUGAUGGAAAACGUCGCGUUUUAUUACUAUGAAAAUUACAAAAUAAUUAAAGAGUCGCACGCAAAUUUUUUAUUACAAAAACCGGAGAUUAAAUACACUUUUAAUAGUCAAAAAGAGGACGAUGAGAUAUAUAUUGAAAAUUUCGAAAAUGUCGAGGUCGAUAUAAUUAGUGCCGGUGAUGUGAAGUUACAGAACAUUCAAACUAAUAAACUAAAAGUGACUAAUAUAAACAGUGAAAUUUCUUUGGUUAUCCCCAAAGUUGAUGAAAUUUCGGUGAUUAGUGGAAAUGAACGCACUGUUGUUGUAAAUCCCAAAGAGCUAUUUUCAGCGUUUAAUGUCAUGUUAAGCGGAAAUGUCUCUCUUUUAGAAUCACAGUUUUGUUUCAACAAAAAUCUCCGGCAAUUAAAGGUUAUUUCUGUAAGAUUUUUUGAUUUUAGUGUUUUUUUGUGUCCAAAUCUUGAAACCGCUGAUAUCGAAGCGGAUUUCGAGAGGCUUGACUUUUCGAAGUGCAACAAACUUUUGUUUUUAAAAACUAAAAAUUACGACCGAAGAGGAUCAAUUUUAGUUCCAAAUGGUGUUGAACAUUUUGAAGCUGUUGGAACUGGGAAUGGAAUUUCUAUAUUUGGGGCGGGUGUUGAUACAAAAGUGACUGGAAACGUCAUUGAAUUUUGUAUUCCCCAAAUUGAAUUUGAAACUUUGUUUCUCGACUUGUCAACUGAUUUUCAAACAACAAAAAUCACCUUUUCUGAAUUUUUGGAAACGAAAGUAAUAAAAAAGAAAGUUCCUAUUUUAAGAACAAAUAACGUGAAAAUAAAUGGAUGUUUUAAUAUUGACACUUUGGCACUUUUGUGCGGCACUAAACAUGUUGAAAUUUGUAAUAACAAAUUGUUGAAGUUAGAUAUAUAUAUAACAGAUACGGAAGGUAUGGUAUUCAAAGAAUUUGUUAAAGGACAAAUAGAGUAUUUAAUAAACACUAAAACUGAUUCAAGAAAAAGGAAAAAAGAUUACGACAAUGAAAUACGAAAACGUCUGAAAUACUUGGACAUUUCUGAUCACUCAAAAAAGUGUGUGAGUGGGUGGGAAAACAUUGUGCAAAAUCCAAGUAUCCAUUUUUAUAUUGAAGAAAAUGUUGGAGAUGGGCAGAAAAAGUGGAGCAAAAUGGAGAAGUAA